GAACAGAUCCGGAAAUUAGGCCUAGUACUAGUAUAUCUAAACCCGACUCCCGUUACAGCUUCUUACCCGCCGCAGUAUUCAAAAGCGAAGCAAGUGCUCUUAGCGGCCAUGGCUAAAAACCCUAAACCUAACCCUAAUUCCACUAUCAAAAUCAAACAAAAGAGAAAACGAGCUAAGUCUGAAGAUGAUGAUCAACAAUUUGCUUCUGAGGACCCAAUUGAAGCAACUCAGAUUGAAGAAAAAGCACUGGAAAUCGAUACAAAUGACAACAAAAUCAACAAGAAUGAGACGCUCACUUUCGAGUCUUUGAAUCUCUCUGAGCCUACACUCAAAGCUAUUAAUGAUAUGGAAUUCAAUUACACUACUGAGAUACAAGGUAGAUGUAUUCCACUUCUUAUGGAAGGUAAAAAUGUUGUUGCUGCUGCAAAGGCUGGCUCUGGAAAGACGCUUGCUUUUUUAGUCCCCGCGGUCGAGUUGCUGCAUAAGCUUAAUUUUGCUCCGAGGAAUGGAACUGGGGUUAUUGUUGUUUGUCCGACUAGGGAACUCGCUAUUCAGACUCAUGCAGUUGCAAAGGAGCUGCUCAAGUAUCACUCGAUGACUCAUGGGUUGGUCAUUGGUGGUGCGGCGCGGAGGGGUGAAGCAGAGCGUCUUGUUAAAGGAGUUAAUCUAUUGGUGGCAACACCAGACCGACUUCUUGACCAUCUUCAAAACACCAAGGGAUUUAUAUACAAGCGUCUGAAGUGUUUGACAAUUGAUGAAGCUGACAGGAUAUUGGAAGCGAACUUCGAAGAAGAAAUGAAGCAAAUUAUUAAAAUCUUGCCAAAGGUGAGGCAAGCAGCCCUUCUUUCUGCUACCCAGACUAAUAAGGUUGCAGAUUUUGCACGCUUAUCCCUAAAAGAUCACAUCUAUGUCGGUCUAGACGAAGAAAAGAAGAUGGUCACUAGUGAAGGACUAGAGCAAGGCUAUUGUAUUGUGCCAUGUGCCAAGAGAUCUAUUCUUCUCUAUACAUUUCUAAAGCGGCAUCUGUCACAUAAAGUGAUGGUUUUCUUUUCUUCAGUUGACUCGGUCAAAUUUCACUCUGAGCUGUUGAAGCACAUCAAUGUGGAAUGCUUUGACAUUCAUGGACAACAAAACCAGCAGAAACAAAUUACUACUUUCUUCGAUUUCUGUAAAGCAGAAAAAGGAAUACUACUAUGUACUGAUGUUGCUGCUCGUGGCCUUGAUAUUCCUUCCGUGGAUUGGAUUAUUCAGUACGAUCCACCUGAUGAUCUCAAGGAAUUUAUGCAUAGACUUGGUCGAACAGCUCGCGGGAAAGGUUCGAAAGAAAAUGCUCUCCUAAUCUUGACACCAGAAGAGUUGCCAUUUCUCUUCUAUCUAAAGGAAGCCAAGGUUCCUCUUAAAGAGUAUGAAUUUCCUGAAAAGAAGCUGGCAAAUGUGCAAUCUCGUCUGGAAAAGCUAGUGGCUACCAACUACCACUUGAACAAGUCUGCCAAGGAAGCAUAUAGAGCAUCUGUAUUAGCAUACAGUUUACAUUCAAGAAAGGACAUUUUUAAUGCUCGUCAUCUCGAUCAACAGGCUGUGGCUGCUUCGUUUUUCUUUACUAAUCCGCCAAAGAUUAGUAUUACUAGUGACAGAAGCACAUCAAAGCCGAGGAAGUCUAAACGAAGUCGAAAUUGAGUAGCUAGCAGGAAUGAUUUUGCUCUGGAAGAAAGGUUGAGCGGUCAAUUAUUCUUUUUUUUUGGGGUAGGUUAUAAUGACAACUUUGGGAAGAAACAAAAUUGUAGUAUUGGUAGAAACUGGAAAGUAAGAUAAUAGGAAAAAUCAACAGCUGUUAAAUUCUGGUCUCUGCCAAUUUUGCAUCAAGAAUUUUUUGAUUUUGUUAUUUUA